AUAAAGUUUUUAUUUACAUGCAUGCAUGUAUGUAUUCGUUGGUUGUGUAUAUAUAUGCAUGCAUCCGGCCUCGAUCCUGCAGUCUGCUCUGAGCACCACCUGACUGCACGGACCAUUAUUGAGAUCGAUCCUUUGAGUUGAGCAGAGCAGCUAGCCAGCCAGCACUUGUACAUACGUUGUUCCUGUGCCACGCGAAGCGCGGAAGAUGGCCGCCGCCGGCAUUGUUGUCGUCCUCUGCAUCGGCCUGUUGUCGUCGUGCGUUGGCCUUGGCCUUGCGCGCGGAGACUUCUCCAUCGUGGGCUACUCGGAGGAGGACCUGUCGUCGCACGAGAGCCUAGCGGAGCUGUUCGAGCGGUGGCUGUCCCGCCACCGCAAGGGGGCGUACGCGAGCCUGGAAGAGAAGCUCCGGCGGUUCGAGGUGUUCAAGGACAACCUGCACCACAUCGACGAGACCAACCGCAAGGUGAGCAGCUACUGGCUGGGGCUCAACGAGUUCGCCGACCUCACGCACGACGAGUUCAAGGCCACCUACCUCGGCCUAAGCCCCAGCGGCGGCGGCGGCGAUGUCGUCCAUAUGCAUCAUGAUGAUGAUGACGAGGAGCCGGAGGAGGAGGGCUCGUCGUCGUCGUCGUCCUUCCGGUUCCGGUACGAGGGCGUUGACGCGGCGCGCCUCCCCAAGUCCGUGGACUGGCGGAGCAAGGGCGCGGUGACCGGGGUGAAGAACCAGGGGCAGUGCGGCAGCUGCUGGGCCUUCUCCACGGUGGCGGCCGUGGAGGGCAUCAACCAGAUCGUGACGGGCAACCUGACGGCGCUGUCGGAGCAGGAGCUCGUCGACUGCGACACGGACGGCAACAACGGCUGCAACGGGGGCCUCAUGGACUACGCCUUCUCCUACAUCGCACACAACGGCGGCCUCCACACGGAGGAGGCGUAUCCGUACCUCAUGGAGGAAGGCACCUGCAGCAGAGGAUCCUCCGCCGCCGUGGUCACCAUCUCCGGGUACGAGGACGUGCCCAGGAACAACGAGCAGGCGCUGCUCAAAGCGCUGGCGCACCAGCCCGUCAGCGUCGCCAUCGAGGCCUCCGGCAGGAACUUGCAGUUCUACAGCGGCGGCGUCUUCGAUGGGCCCUGCGGCACGCAGCUGGACCACGGCGUGGCGGCCGUCGGCUACGGGACGGCGGGCAAGGACAAUGGCCAUGUGGUGGCGGACUACAUCAUCGUCAAGAACUCGUGGGGACCCAGCUGGGGUGAGAAGGGGUACAUCCGCAUGAGGAGAGGCACCGGCAAGCGCCAAGGACUCUGCGGCAUCAACAAGAUGCCCUCCUACCCAACCAAGAACUAACUGAUAUAUAUAUAUAUAUAUAUAUAUAUAUAUGAUGAUCCAACUCGAUCAACCAUCGUCGUCGUCAUGCAUCUGCUACGUACCCGAUCGAUUUAAUUUGGAACGACCAGCCCACUGCACAUCAGGCUGGAUCUACCACUUCGAUCACUAGCUACCUCUUCUUCUUCUUUUUCCAUUUGGUUUGGUUUCACGAUUAUAUAUUGUCCGUUUACUGCUUCAUAUCAUCAAUCAUCCAUCAUGCAUCAACUUUCGCUGUUUGAAAUAAUAAUAAUAACGAUGAAGUUAAUCA